CGUGGCUCCGACCCAGAGAGGAUUUCUGGGGAGAGCCAUAGAGACGCGAUCGGGACUAGAGGGGCCGGAGAUGGGCGGAUUGAGUGGCUAGAGAGGCCGGAGGCAAGUGGCUGUUGAAGUCGGGCGGACCCGGAAUCCAGAGGAAACAGGACCAUGACUUAUGCUUAUCUCUUCAAAUACAUAAUCAUCGGGGACACAGGUGUGGGGAAGUCAUGUCUCCUCCUGCAGUUCACAGACAAGCGGUUCCAGCCUGUCCACGACCUCACCAUAGGUGUGGAGUUUGGGGCCCGUAUGGUCAACAUUGAUGGAAAACAAAUCAAACUGCAAAUCUGGGAUACGGCUGGGCAAGAAUCCUUCCGUUCUAUCACCCGUUCCUACUACAGGGGAGCAGCUGGAGCACUGCUGGUGUACGACAUUACAAGGCGUGAAACCUUCAACCACCUGACCUCAUGGUUAGAGGAUGCCCGGCAGCACUCUAGUUCCAACAUGGUUAUCAUGCUGAUUGGGAAUAAGUGUGACUUAGAGUCCCGCAGGGAUGUGAAGAAAGAAGAAGGGGAGGCCUUUGCUCGGGAGCAUGGACUUAUAUUCAUGGAAACUUCAGCCAAAACAGCCUGCAAUGUUGAAGAGGCCUUCAUUAACACAGCCAAAGAAAUAUAUAGGAAGAUCCAGCAGGGUUUAUUUGAUGUCCACAAUGAGGUGAGCAAGGGUGGGGCUGACAAUUAAAUUUGCUUUGUCUUAAAUGCUACAUUAAGCUCCUUAGAAUGUAAGCAUCCACUAACAUUAUACUAGUUGAAGCUAUGCCAACUCAUACUU